GCUUUAACUGGUUACUUGAUUCUGAAGCGCCGCCUGACAUCGCCUGAUCAUGACAACCAGUUUCAUGCUCCCAUAAAGGGCUUUGUCAGGGUUGCCACGAAGCUCGCCGGUGUUGGCCAUAUGUGCGAGUAUGUGCGUCUUUCAAAAAGGCUUCGACGCCCCGCGUAGCAUAGAGGGCGGAUGUGGGGAUGAUUCGCUUCAUCUCCAUAUACUGUGGCAUACUCCGAAAUCAAAUUGAACAAAAUCAUACCGCGUCUCACGAUGGCUUCGAAUGCAGUGCCCGCGCCCGCCGAGAUUGCUCAUCUGGGGUUCCGCACCACGAACCCCGAGAGACUAGUCGACUUCUAUCAGAAAUUCUUAGGCGCAAGGAUCCUGCUCGCCAACGACUUCAUUUCCCUUCUCGCGUGGGACAAGGAGCACCACCGCCUGGCCAUCAUCAACGACCCCGCGGCCGCUGCCAAGGACGAAGGUGCCUGCGGAAUAGACCACAUCGCACUAAAGUUCGCCUCCGUCAACGACCUCGUCAAGGUAUACCGGUCGGGCAAGGAGGCGGGCAUCACACCUUUCCAAUGCCUCAACCACGGGGUGUCCAGCAGCCUGUACUACAAGGACCCCGAUGGCAAUCAUGUUGAGGCGAUGAUCGAGGCUUACGACAACCCGGAGGACGUAUUCAAACACAUGAAGGGCCUGGAUCCCACGAAAGUCAAGCUUGUCAAAUUCGACCCCGAAGACCUGUUGCGCAGAGUCGAUGCCGGCGAGGACGAGGAGACCUUGAGAAAAGCAGGAUUCAUUGGUCCACCCCCUACAGCGCUGGAGUGCUGAGUCCAUAGAAUGGACGGGAAUAUUAUUGAAUGCAGUCAUCAUGAGACAGACCUGCUCUGACAAUGAUAAGCGCGACAUGCUUCCUAACAAGUCCCAUUCUUGGUAUGCCGUGGCUCCCAGUAAAAUAGAUCGACAGCAAAAAAUGAUCGUUAUUGUCUGGUCAUCGUUACAAAGUUGUCCCGCCACAGAGCUGGAUCUCGGGACAUGCAAAGAGGGUUGCGCAAUCGUUUUGUACAAUAAAUAAAGACACCGUAUAACGGAUCCUAACGCAGACAACGGUCACACGAAGAUUCACAUCAACGGAUCGAACAGUGACCCAAUGCCUAUUACCACACGUUUUUGGGUAUCUCGGAUCAUCCAUCUGAGUCGUCGGACGCUACUUUUCGCGGGAUAGGUCAGCCCCCUUAUUGGCACCUCCCCCCACCUCCCCUGGCGUCACCGUGCCGGACUCCCGGA